GAUAUCUUGGAAGGAUGCAUGUCCCCUCUUGUGCUGUCCUCUUAUUCUGGCUGGGUCCUAGACAGAGUGAUUGGGCAAUCAGCCCCAGAAAUCACACCCUCCAGAAGUUCAUCACCUAAAGAAUCCAUUCCCCUCACAAACCUGUCAUCUACUCCAGAGAAGAUUGUGUCUGCUAGCCACCAUGGCUCUCCACCGCUUUCCUCUACAGAGCCAAGUGAAUCAAAGGGAAAUGAAGAUCAUAGUCAGCUGGAAAUGGAUCAAGAAGUCUUCCCAGCACUUCUGCCAUCUAAAGUUACAGAAGUUGAAGGUUGCAUUCAGAUGUAUGAAGAGAUGCACAGCUUGAAAGGAAAGGAGGGCCUAAGGCAGCGGCAGGAGCAGCAAGAGCAGAUGGUGAGGGCAGUGUAUGACCUGGCAAGUGAACAACUGAAGCGCUUUGAUGAACUGAAGGAGCUAAAGCAGCAUCAGGAAUUCCAAGAUUUGCAAGAAGUAAUGGAGAAGAGUUCAAAGGAGGCUCAGGGACAGCAAGAGAAGUUGAAGGAAGAGCACCGACACAGAGCAAAGGUAUUAAACCUAAAGCUGCGUGAGGCAGAGCAGCAGAGGCAGCGUCAGGAAGAGCUGGAGCGUUUGCGUAAGGAAGAGGGCCAGGAAAGAUUGCGUCGCCUUUAUUCCAUCCAGGAGGAAGUGCUACAGCUUAACCAGCAGAUUGAUCCCAAUUAUAGACACAAAGACUUGCCAAGAAUCGAUCUUUCUGCGUACAGUAAUCGUGGCAACCAGAUCUGUGGGCUGGUGUCAGGACUCAUCCGCACCACAAGUGAGAGAGGUUUCCCUACUCAAGUAGAUGUGGCCAAUACUGAACGAGCACUGCAGGAGAUGCGAGGACUGAUAGCCAGCAUGCAACAAGAAAUUGCUGCAGCUGUGGAAGAAAAAAGGAGGAGAGAUGAAGAGGAAGAGAAACAGAAGCAGAAACAGUUACUGGAAAAACAGCAGAUGAAGGCUCAGGCUCCUGCCCCUGCCCAGCAAUUGGGGGGAAAGCAGCAGAAAGAAGGACUUCAGGUUAAGGCAGAGGAGAGUACCAUGCAGUGGUACCAGCAGCUUCAAGAUACUGCUGAGCAGUGCGUUGCUUCUUUCAGUGGAAUCAGCAACUGCAAAGACAAUAUUGAGGUUAAGAAAAUAAAAACAGACUUGCAGAAAGCAGCUACGAUCCCUGUGAGCCAGAUCUCUCGAAUAGCAGGCUCUCAGCUGAGGGAGAUAUUUGACAAGAUCAAUAACCUGCUCUCUGGAAAGUCUGUUCAGAGUGGAGGGCGAACGGUAUCAGUGACGCAGCAUCCACAGGCUCUGGAUUUUGUUUAUUACAAGCUUGCGGAGAAAUUUGUGAAUCAAGGAGAAGAAGAAGUAGCUUCUCACCGUGAUGCAGCUUUCCCAAUUGCUGUGGUGGCCUCAGGAAUCUGGGAAAUACACCCUCGAGUUGGAGACCUCUUUUUAGCUCAUCUGCACAAAAAGUGCCCCUAUUCUGUGCCAUUUUACCCUGCAUUGAAAGAGGGGACUUCUAUGGAAGAGUAUCAAAGGAUGCUUGGAUAUCAAGUUAAGGAUUCCAAGAUAGAAGAGCAAGAUCACUUUCUUAAACGGAUGUCAGGAAUGAUUCGUCUUUAUGCUGCUAUUAUUCAGCUCCGGUGGCCUUAUGGAAACAAACAAGGGGCACAUCCUCAUGGGCUGAACUAUGGAUGGCGCUGGCUUGCUCAGAUGUUGAACAUGGAGCCUCUGGCAGAUGUGACAGCUACACUUCUUUUUGAUUUUCUGGAGGUGUGUGGCAAUGCUCUCAUGAAACAGUAUCAGGUUCAGUUCUGGAAAAUGAUGUUGCUUAUCCGAGAAGACUAUUUCCCAAGAAUUGAAGCAAUUACCAGCUCUGGACAGAUGGGCUCGUUAAUGCGUUUCAAGCAAUUCUUGGAGGAAUGUCUACAGCAGAAGGAAAUUCCAUUACCAAAGGGAGCUCUGCAGUCUUCCUUUUGGAGAUCGUAA